AUGUGCAGGAUUGCAUCUGGGGGACACUUGGAUGGCCAGCCCUUCCUGCGCUAUGGCAGGGAGAAAGGCAGGGCGGAGCCAGCGGCGGUGGGCAGAAGCAUCCUGGGAGCCGAGACGUGGGUCACAGAGAGCAAGGACCUGACAGAGAACGGGAAGGACUUCAGAAUGACUCUGCAGAAAUCAUGGCCCUGCAGGUCCAGAAAGGAGGCAGGCCUUGGAGGUGAUGGUCACCCUGAUGUGCUGGGCUUUCGGCGUCCCUCCCAGGACAUCCCACUGGCCUGGCUUCAGGAUGAGGAACCCCUGAGCCAGGGUCAGCAGUCUGGGGGAGUCCUGCCUGAUGGGAGUGGGACCUACCAGACCUGUGUGACCAUGAGGGCUCCCCAAGGAGAGGAGCAGAGGUUCACGUGCUAUGGGUAACACAGUGGGAACCACAGUGCACACCCUGUGCCCUCUGGUGAGCCUGGGGUGGCCCUGGAGGGGGGUUCUGACCCUGGCAGGGCCAGGGGCCCGGGUGGGGAGACGAGAGCAGGCCUGUGGGCUGGGGUGUCUGGGUUAUAA